GUAACAUCCCCAUCCAUUUGAAGUAAAUGUUCCGCGUUCGAACGCCAAAGACAGUUCCAGAGAGAGCGGUACUUUUUCCAUAAACAUAGUCUAUGGUGUACUUUAAGAGCUACUCGGAGAAUCAUUUAAAAUGGAAUCUGAGAUUGAGUCAGUGACAGCUUUGUGGUCUCAAAAACAAUUGACAAUGAAAAGUAAACUCAUCAUUUCAAAUACUGAACAGUGGCAAGCAGAUCGAAAACUCAACCUUGUUGGUGGAAUGGACAUUUCAUUCUGCAAAGCUGACUCUUCUAUAGCAAUUUGCACACUAGUUGUGUGUAGUGUCUCCCAGCAGUUAAAGGUUGUUUAUGAGGACAGCUUGCAUGUUAAACUUUCUACUCCAUAUAUUCCUGGCUUUCUAGCAUUCAGGGAAUUUGAGCCUUGCUUGAGUUUAUACACAAAGCUGACUUCCGAGCAUCCAGAACUGAUUCCUCAAGUACUAAUGUUUGAUGGAAAUGGAAUCUUACAUCCAAGAGGAUUAGGACUUGCAUCUCAUUUUGGUGUCUGCACAAAUACCUGCACUAUAGGAGUGGCGAAAAAUCUGUAUCAAAUGGGAAGCAUUCUACGAGACGAGAACCACUUUUCCCAAAUAAAUUCACUCAGUGCGCCGGGCGAUCAUUUUUUAAUUAAAAAUUCAGAAGGAAAUGGCGACGAAAUUUUAGGAGCAGCUUUAAAAACUACUCAAGAGGCAAAACGACCAGUUUACAUUUCAAUAGGGCAUCGAAUUGGACUUGAGACGGCAAUUUGGGCCGUCAUGCAAUGUAUUGACCGAUAUCGCAUUCCUGAACCAACGCGACAGGCCGAUAUUCGAUCUAGACAGUUAAUUAGAAAGCUAGAGGAUAGUAAAAAUAAAAAGGUUGACCAGUAUCCGCCGAAAAUGUAUUUUCAUUGAAUUCCUUUAUUGCUGUUUUCCAAGCAAAACAAUGUAACUAGACAUGUUAUUUGAGAAUUUAAAAAGAAUUUAAAUAGCACAAUGCACAUAUUACCCAUUUUCUUUAUGAGAUGGUACAGUAUUGCACUGGAAAUUUCAAAUUAUAAAUUAACCAAUAGGAAAACCUAAUAAAGCAAUAAAAAUUGCUAGAUACAACUUUUUUAAAAAUCACAAAUGUAGAAGCGUUUUCAGCUGCGCAAUGGUGUCUUCUGGAGAUGUGACCUUAUGACCGAUUGUACGAGGAUCUUCAUAAAUUUCGUGAUCGUUCCCUCCAGGCGCAGUUUUAUCGCCAAAGAAAUGAAUUUCUUUAAAACCGUCUUUUUCAACGAA